AUGGUCACGGUGAACGAAGCGAGGAUGCCGUCACCCUUUCUUGAAGAUCCUUUAACUCUUGUUCCAGGCCGCAUUGCCACUUUCAAGAAAUGGCCUCACACGCGCCCUGAAGAUAAAUGCGUUCCUCAAACCUUAGCCGAUGCUGGAUUUUAUCACCGACCCGAUGUAUCGGAGGACUCAGUUCAAUGUUUUGUCUGCCACAAAUUGCUUUAUGGAUGGGCUUCUGACGAGGAUCCGAUGGCGGAGCACAAGGCACACUGCCCUGACUGCGCCUUCGUGCGCCUGGUAGAGGCGCACGGCGGGGGUUACGAGAAGGCGCCACGCCAGGCGGUGAUCGACGCAGAGUGCGCCCGCUUCCGCGCUAAAUUCACCUAUCUCUUCGAGGAGGAGGUGCGGCGCCGACUCCAGCGUUAUGAAAACGAUCUCCAGCAUCUGAAAAAGGCUGCCAUCUCCUUCCAACGCAAUUUGCAGUAUUCUACGCGGGUUCUCAGCUACCGAAGGCGAUUGUUUGAUGCCCUCACGACCAAAAACUCCUAUGGUAUUCUCAAGGCUGCAACACUGUAG